AUGGACAACGCUUCGAACAAUGUCAUGAACACCAAUCCUCCCUAUUUCGGGCACGAUGAGACGGAACCGCCGUCCACUCUGGGGCCGUUAUUCAUUCCAGGGUCGUAUCCCACCACCGCUAUGAGCAUGGCGGCCGGCGGAAACGGAAUCCCAGAGCAUCGCCUUGCUUCGGGCAUGGACUUGCGUCCCGGCAGUAGCACCAGCUAUCAUCGACCGACAUCCCAGGGCAACACAUCGUUCCUGGGCUUGAGCAGGCCGGCUACGCCUUCAUUGCAGCCGCUCGCCAUACCCGGUGGAGGCCAUCUGCUUCCACAGCAAGGCAUUCAACACGGCCCGCAGCCUAGUGGCUAUUUGGGUGGCAUGCCGCCGUCUCACGACUUUGCCUUUGCCGGAAUGCAAGAAAGUCAAAGUCCCCUCUACAGCCAGACCGACAGCUAUGUCUCGACGCCGACCAGCGCCCGGCACUUAGUCUCCGCGCCGCCACAUACGGUCUUGUCUUUUGACGGCCGGACCUUCCCUGUCAAUAAUGGCUCGUUCAGCGCCGGUGGGUACUACGGAAUGCCCGGCAGCAAUCCGUUUGGCAACUUCAGGAACAGUGGCGUUGCCGUCGGCCCGCUCUUCGACCCGUCCACCGGCGAGACAAGCCACAACCCAAUCCAGGCCUAUCCAUCCCCUGCCUCUGCCACUCUCAUGUCCCAAAACCUCUCUCAGGCAUCCCACACCUCACAUCUCUCUUCUCACUCGGCACCUGCCUCAGCCACUGUCGCCUACCACCCCCAAUCCUUCCCGUCCACCUACGCGAGGCCUCACCACAUGGCAGGCACCUCACCGGCAGGGAUGUACCUGCCUAACGGCCUGCAGCCGUCUCUCCACCCCACAUCACCGUCGCCUUUUCCCCCAACACAAGACAACGGAGAGGUGCUGUAUGGGGUCGGCGUACAAAACAUGCCCUCUGCCGUGGCUACGCCACUCGCGUCUCCGAUGCCCCAGGGCAUGGCCCAGUCGGACUUUGUUGUUUCGCAGAACUCGCCGGACAUUGAUUUCGAGCUGCCCGAGGCCGAGUUCUCCCAAAACACAGUCAAUGCCCUUGUGGAGGCGGACAGCCAGUACAGCCAGUACGCGCCAUCGCUGCCCGUCCUGCCGAGCUUCCAAAGCCAGACAGCCCAAGAGCCACAUCCGCAACCUGCCCACGUCGGCUACGGCCCGUCUGUCCAUCACCCUGCCACGCCAACGCGCAAGCCGAGCCAGUUGACGGUGACCUCGGAGAACAGCUCCAGCUUAGACUCGUCCUCGCCCUUGUCAUCGGUCUCAGUGGCAGCUGCUGGCGGCCAUCAACAGCCCAAGUUCCGCUCGGCUCCCGCAUCGGCUCCGGCAUCGGCUGCCGGGGACGUCGCCAUGACAAAAAAAGUCGCGGGCGUGCCUGUCUCCAUGCAGAACCACUUCAACGUCGGCACCGGCAACCACAACGUCAACAAUGCCGAGGGCAGCAACGCCAAACGACGCCGCUCGGACGACCUCGAUGGCGCCACCGGCUUGUCGAAAAAGAUGGCCAAAGGCAAAAAGGCAGAUGGCUUGAGUUGCGUCCCGUGCGCCAUAAAGCGGAAGAAGUGUGACAACGGUUCUCCCUGCGAUAAAUGCAAGGGCAAGACGGCGGCGUACCCCAGAUGCGUCAGCCAAGACUUUUCCGAACAAAAUGUCUUUUUAGACGGUCUUCGCAGCGAUCUGAAAGAAAAGGCCAUCGAGAUGAUUGCUGGGGACAAGACCAUGUCGAUGAAUUACACAUCAGAUCAUGGCUUUCCACUUGGGCUGUUGUCUGAAGUGAAGUUUGGAAACGGCGACGUGUACAAGCCGCUCCUGAUGGGCGAUCCGUCGGAGGACAAGUCGUUGAACAAACCGUUCUACCAAGCCAGCAUCCUGUUACAGGCGCACGAGUUUUUGACGAUACAGUCCAACAGCGGCCUCCCGAAUGCACUCAACUUUACACCCGAGGUUGAAGACAACCUGCGCCUCAUGCAGGCCCUCAGCGCCGCUCGCGCAUUCCGUUUCAUCAAGAAAAUAUUGAACAAGAAUCGGAUGAACGAGGAGACGCCAAAGCACAGCCGACGCGCGCUCAAUAUACUGAUUCAACUCUGCAUGUUCUUUGAACAGACGCUCGCCUAUGAAAAGAUGCAGCGCAAGGAGAGUCUGCCCUUGACCGACAAGCUGGCUGCGCAGCACCGGGACCUCUCGUACCACCUUGCGUACCGCGUGCGCUUCAUGGCCGACUACACCUACGGAGAGCAGAGCGGCCUGUCCAAGUUUGUGGAGAUCAGCGCCGAGAGCGUCAAUCUGAAAGAAGGGUUCUGGGACCUGCUCCAAGCUCUGCGCAACGAUCCGUCACAGUUUCUGGUGGAACCAGGUGGAGUCCAUCUCGGCGCAGAGGGCUGGGACAUGGAGAAGAAUCUCCAUGCUCCGACGACCGCGGCCGGAAACGGCGACGCAUCCGGAGCCUCGACCGCACCGGCCGCCUUUGACACCGCGGCCAACUCGCCGGCCGCAGCAGAUCGGCCACACAUUCUUGUGACCCGUCCCACUGGCCUCGGAACACCCACCGCCCAGGCGCCGGGGCCGAGCAACGAGCAGAAGAAGAACCUGACGGAAAAGUUGAUGGCCAAUUUGGGCCGCUUGGGACCCAAAAAGAGGAAGCGGAAAGACGAUGACAUGUGGGUGGAUUCGCGCGACAUCCCGGACGCCGACAUCAUCUUUCACGUGCGCACCCCUGUCCACGACGACAAGUUUGACGACCUCAUCGGCCUGAUGCAUGACGUGCACAUUGACGCCGGCGAAGGCAGCGCCCACGGCCAUGGCGUACCACACCCAUCACACCAUGCACAGCAGGUACGCGACGACGGCCAGAUGUUCUGCACCAGCCCCGUGGGAGACGACUUGCAGUGGCCGCCGUCCGGCGAUGCGCGCAGCCCCAGUGACCUCUUUGACGGUCUCGACAUGAGCACGAGCAGCGUCCCCAACAGCUUUGACGACGGCACGGGGGACAACAGCGUUGUGCUCGACGAUCUCUAUGACAUGGAUGGGGACCGCGUGCUGGCCGCCAGCCUUCGUGCGGCCCAGGAUGCGGAUGACGCCGAACAUCGCUUCGACUACGGCACGGAGAGUGCUGAUGUCGCCAUGAGCAGUGCUGCCGUGCAUCCCGACCUCACCGAUGCGGCCGAUGUGGCCGAUGCGGCCGAUGCGAUUGCUGCUUCACCUCAGACGGCCGGUCCUAUACCGGGUCCGGUGGCUGUCGAAGUCGACGCAAGCGUAGAUGCUGGCCCUAUCCUCACCACUGCCCCUGUUGCCCCUGCUGCCCCUGCUGCCCCUGUUGCCCCCUCUGCUCCCUCGGCUCCCUCGGCUUCAUUCGUCUCGUCUGCCCCGGCGAGCGAGAGCGGAUCCGUGUCUCGGCGCCCCUCCUCGGCCCGGUCGUCCCUGCUGCUUGCUCGCUCGCGCAGCAUCCGCACACUAGCCAAAGGCAAGAAUGUCGUGAAGAAGCUGCUUGGCCGCAAGGGGGAAUAA